AACCACUAAAGAAAAACCUAACCUGAUAAUCAUUAAAUGUAGACGAAAAUGGGUUUCAGUACAAACGACAAAAUGUUUCCGUCCAACCACAAAACAAUAUUCGUAUUGGAUCAUACACCGUAUUUCGGCAUAUCGUGCGAAAGUGCUAUAGAAUUCGAGUUUCUGAAAACCCGGACUCCCGGUUACAUUCCCGUCAGCCCCAUUACCAAAUCUCUAUGGACUCUGAGCCUGGAAUCGGCGGUGGAAUACUGCCGAAUAGUGUGGGAUUUGUUUCCCUCAGGAAAAUUGGUUAGAUUUAUAGCCAGCGACAUGGCUGCUAAUAUUAUAAACACAUGGAACCCUUCACAUCAGAAUCUCUUGCACAUAAUGAAUGGGAUGUCUUUUAUUGGUGUACCACCAAGUUUGGCACCGAGCAGAUCCCCCCAGCAAGACUACACGAUUUUGCAUGGCCUGCGAUCUGCGGUCGAAGUCGCAACGGAAUUCACGGACUUGCAGAAAGAAAAGAUCGAACAGAAUGAUGGACAACCAAUUCCAAAUCGAUGUCGUGUUAUUUGCAUCACGUCUGCGAGAGACAAUGAGAGUAUGAAAAGAUUGGAGGAGAUCUUUCUCAGUGUGCUAAUACAACAGAAUAAAGUUGUUGGUAACUCAGAAACCUUGUUGAAAAUUGAUCACUGUCACUUGGUUAUUAUAAAUACAUAUCCAGUGAACAUUGUAUCACCAGUAAACAAUCAUCCUCCAACUGUACUGUCACCAAUUUUAACGACGGAAGUGCAUUCGCUAAAAGCCCCCCUAAUACCCAACAAACUGUCAUCCCUGAUAUUGGAACACUACAAUUUGGCCAGUACAACCGUAACUGGUAUUCCAAUGAAGGAAGAACAAAACGCAAGUUCUUCUGCUAAUUACGACGUUGAAAUUUUUCAUGCGAGCGACGCCCAUACCGCUAUUUUAAAGGGCAAUCCCAUAGAUUCUGCUGCAUGUAGGACUGUGAAGGAGGGACACGAAUACGAAACGGUGACGCUGAAGUGGUGUACACCAAGAGGAUCGACGGGUUCGGAACAGUUGCAAAAUUGCAUUGGCAUGCACCGAAUAACGCCUGUGGAUGUUAAUUCGAGGCCAUCAUUGUGCCUGAUAAAUUUUCUGUUAAAUGGCAGAUCCGUCAUGUUGGAAAUGCCGAGGAAAUCUGGCGGAAAAAUUACCAGUCAUUUGUUGGCCUCGCAUGGCGGUGAAAUUUUCAUCCACACCCUUUGCACAGCAAGAUCAGUAUUGGAAGAUCCACCAUCGAUAUCGGAAGGAGUUGGGGGUAGAGUUACGGACUACCGUAUCACAGACUUUGGACUGUUUAUUAAACAAAAUACGUUACUACCCAUUAAAUCUAGCUUAAUAGACAAAGACGCGCCUGCAAUUAACAAAAUGAAGACAAGACUGAACAGACAUACAAGAUAUUGGCCCCUUACCAUUAGUUCAACGGUAAUAUUUAAUCUUAAAAACUACAUAGAUCCUCUUCCCGGCCUGAUAACAAAGGAAAAAAUAACGGAUGAAGAGGUGUUUACGUGUAAAAAGGUAAUAUACAAUUUAAUAUCCCUAGAAUCUAAAAUGGAACCAUUGCAUCCAGCGAGCAGUGGCCAAAGAAUGAAGAGUGCCAAACGUGAAGAACAGUACAAAGCUAUGUGGAAUGAAUUGGAAAUGCUCCUGAAAAAUAAUUUGUACACUGAAAAUCACCGGAAUGUAUAUAGUUGCCUGUUGGAGUGUCACAAAUUUAAUUUCGAUGAAGAUAAGGCUGAAAAGGUCGAGUUGGACGACGCUUUGAGGGAAUUAGAUUUGCCUGGCCCCGCAAAAGCCGAUACGGACGUACAAAGAGCAUCUGUGAUAAGAGCGACGACGGAUUCGCCUAUGUCGCCUCCACCCUUAACAACUAUUACCCCCACAUUUUCGAAGACUGGAACGGGAAGAAACGGGGGCGUUCAUACGCAACCCCGUUCUCUCUAUGAUAUUUACGUGUCAAACUUGGAGAGCAAAAUUAAGUCCAGACCAGAGUUUCAUGGAAGACUGAAUGGAGAAAUGAAGGCCGCUCUAUAUCCCAAUCUUCAGGUUGAGGAAAGGGAUAGGCCCAGGGGAGAGGGAAUGGAAGUUGAAUAAAGUAUGUCAUGUGUGUACAAUUUGUAUGUGAACAUAUUUUUAUAAUUUUAUUUUAUGUCUAAUAAAUCUUUCAAAGUUA